CACCCCUCUAUCGGUCCGUUCUCCAGACGCAGCAGCUCGGCUGGUCUACGCCUAUUCCCGGCCAACCACCCUAUCCCCCAGAGAGAAGAGAAAGAAUACAUGGGACACAACGAAAGAUAAAGUAUCCUAGGUUGUACUUUAGAUAUAUCCAGGACAAUCAGAGCGGAUAUCCAUCGACACAGAAAGAAACCCCGCCUUUACUCGUCACGCGGUCUCUCAACUUCUCCCACCUACUCUUUCUUUUUAUCUCAAUCCUUCUUUCUAUUAAAAUUGUUUUUGACUGGAUGGAAAGAUGUGGAUAAACGGCGGAAGUGGUCAGGUUGGACCCUAAUCUAAAACAACGACACACCCGGGCCGUCACGAGCGCAGCAGGCAUAUUAUAUUCAACAGGACGGAGCUAUACUUUUUCCGGUUGGACUGAUUUUCGAACUUUCUGAAAAUUGCAUAUAGGCUACCGCUGUCUCUUCUGUGUGCUCUAACCCAAAGUCUCAUACAUCGCCUUGGACCUCAGUGAGAGGGGAUUGGGACCAAAUAUGGUGUCCAGUUUGAGCGAGUGGUUCUGGAAUGAGCAGCUGUGGUUCCCUGAGGGGCUGGGUUGGGCUGACCUGGAGGACAAAGAUGGCCGUGUCUACGCCAAGGCCAGCGACCUUUGGGUGGUGCUACCCAUCGCCCUAGCCUUCCUCGUAAUACGACAUAUCUUCGAGAGGUUAGUGGCCACCCCACUGGCUGCUGUCAUGGGGGUGAAGGAGAAAGUUCGGCUCACAGUGUCACACAACCCCACACUGGAGUCAUUCUACUGUAACACAACCAAGAACCCCUCACAGAGUUCUAUAGACAGUCUGUGUAAGCAGACAGGUUGUUCAGAGAGACAGGUGCAGAGAUGGUUCAGGAGACGCAGGAACCAGGACCGACCCAGUCUACUGAAGAAGUUCAAAGAGGCCAGUUGGAGAUUCACCUUUUACCUUCUUGCUUUCAUUGCUGGUCUGGCUGCCCUCAUUGACAAACCCUGGCUGUAUGACUUUAAGGAGAUGUGGCAGGGCUUCCCUAUUCUGACUCUCCUGCCGUCUCAGUAUUGGUACUAUAUGAUAGAGCUGGGUUUCUACGUCUCUCUAAUCUUCAGUGUGGCGUCAGAUGUCAAACGUAAAGACUUUAAGGAGCAGAUGGUUCACCAUAUGGCCACCAUCUUCCUCAUCAGUUUCUCCUGGUGUGUCAACUACAUCAGAGCGGGCACGCUCAUCAUGCUGCUGCACGACUCCUCCGACUAUUUACUGGAGUCCGCUAAGAUAUUCAUCUAUGCUGGAUGGAGAAACACCAGUAACUACGUCUUCUUCCUCUUCGCUACCGUCUUCAUCUUCACUAGACUCUAUAUCUUCCCGUUCUACAUCAUUUAUUCUACGUACAUUUAUCCAAUGACUAUGUACUCUCCGUUCUUUGGAUACUACUUCCUGAAUUUCCUUAUGAUGGUGCUGCAGUGUCUCCAUAUCUUCUGGGCCAUCCUCAUUCUGCGUAUGGCCGUCCGCUUCCUGAGCAGCGAUGAAAAGGUGGAGGACGAGAGGAGCGAUAAAGAAGAGACAGACGAGUCAGGGGAGGAAGAGGAGGGGGUGGAGAAGAAAGGCGCGGUGCAGAAUGGUCACGCCGCUCACAACAACCACCGCAAGACGGAGUAAUGAAAACGUGUUCCAGGAAGUAAGAGUGUGAAGAAUUCACAUCCCUCACUCAGCAGAGUGGGAGAGAUGGAGGGAAGGGGAAAGGGAGAGAGUGGUGGGGAAAAUGGAUGAAGGAGAAGGAAAGGCAUUCCUAAAGCCUGAGAACUACAGGUAGACCUGUGCCUGUGGUUAGAUACACUGUACUACAUUAUAAACACUCAAUCACACACACAAUUUUGGAUAUACUACAUUAAUUGGCAUGGACCUGUUAUUAUAGUCCAUUAAUAACACACACACACACACACACACACGGGUAAUUGUGUAACAGAUUAGGAUCUAAUUAGGAUCUAUACGUAUCUAUUUCAUAAUUAUUAUUUGUUUUUUAUCAGAUAUUAUACCAACAUUUUCACAAAAUUCUCAAUAGUUUUUGAAGUCCAAAAAGUAAUAAAUCAAUAUUUUUUAACAUUGCUCCCCUAAUGAAAAUACACUGAAAAUACAAAUAUUUUUAAAUGACAAUUAUUAUAAAAUUAAAAUCAGACUUUUUCCCAAUUUGAGCUCUUUAGCUGUUUUCUAAGGACUACUCUAGAUGAUGCAUCAUGGGUGAAGAAAUGUUCAUUUAAAAACUGGAGUUUUAUAGGAACUUGAAAAAAAUGGUAAUGAGACAUAUCCACAGACACUGCUUGUAUGUAAUAAAUAUUAUAGUUUAAUGUAAACUUCAACUAGUAUACCAUUUUUAUAAUUUAUGGACAAACUACAGCAACAUAUUUUGUUUUAUUUAAAUAAGUUAGGUUUUUCUAAAGAUAUAUUUUUAUAAAAUUACCAUGAAUUUAAUCAGGACACAUUUCAGUAAUCAACAUGUAUUUUUUUUUUUUUUUACCUUUAUUUAACUAGGCAAGUCAGUUAAGAACAAAUUCUUAUUUUCAAUGACGGCCUAGGAACAGUGGGUUAACUGCCUGUUCAGGGGCAGAACGACAGAUUUGUACCUUGUCAGCUCGGGGAUUUGAACUUGCAACCUUUCGGUUACUAGUCCAACGCUCUAACCACUAGGCUACCCUGCCGCCCCGAUUUAAAAAAAUGUUUUACAUGACACUUUCCCCUAGAACUAGACAUCUUAGUCCUCAUAAUGAUAGUUGAUUUUUACAGAUGCAUCAUAAUUUUGUCACUCAAUUUGUUCCAGACAUUUUAAAACUGGUUUCAUAAGAAUACCCCCCCCCCCCCCCCCCCCCGCCCCCACACACAAGUUAAGGAAUAGCAUUGGGAACGUCACAGUGUGAUUUCAGUCCCUCUUAAAGAGUGUUCAAAAGGAUGUGAAAGGAAGAGAGGACAGAAUGAUGAGAAUGAAGGGAAGAAGAGAAGGAAGGGGAGAAAGUGUGAUGCUGCUUCUACUAUGGCUCUUCUUACUGUACUCAUGUGCCUUACAGCCAGAUUAUGGUGCUUUUACCGGAUUCUUUUAUUUGUCACUUACCUUGUUGUUGCUCAACCUGCUAUAAGCAUGUUUUGUCCAUGUGCCUUUAUGUCUAAUACUCCAGUUGCCAUGAUAGACAGACUUUAGAAAAGAGACACAACAAGAUUUAACCUGACACACAAAUACACAAUCAUGUGAAUGUGUCCUUGUGUGAAUGUUGAUUUGGGACAUAUAGAUUCGCCAGCCCUGGUUUUUAUGAUUCUAUGCAAUUAUGUUUUUUUCUGCUCAGCUCCUGUAGUGCAUCUGAAUGGGCGUUGUUUGCCGUUGUUUGGGACACAUCUAAGCUUGUAGAAGCCAUGCAGUAAGAUAGUGAGGGAGUCUGGUUGUCUCCCUCACUGGUAGCAUGGGUUUAAAUACUGCACUGUAUGGACCUUGAUUUGAGGGCCUGUUUAUAAACUGCUUUAUUGAAUGGUUAAUAAACAAUGUAAUAAUGUGAAUAACUGGUUCAUAAACUGUAAUAAUGUUUAACUGGUUAAUAAACGAUGUAAUCAUGUUUAUAAGCAGCUUAUAAGCAGUCCUUCAAACGAAGUGUUAAAUCGUUUUUUGGGGUAUAUUGAGAUUCUGCUGAUUCUGAAUGAUUCUCUCCUUCCUCUGCUGAUUCAUGUUUAUGUGCCAGUGGUAACGCUCUGUCUGUAGACACUCUCCGUUGACAUUGGAGAGGAAAAUACUUUUUAUCAAACAGUUUUAUCAUGUUUUCGCUCUGUACGUGCGUGACUAAUUCAGUAUAUCUUCUGAGUAUCAUUGACAUCUUACCAAGGUCACACAGGCAGAACUUUAUUUUCAGUAUAUUUCAAUAGUUUUUGCAAAAACAAAAAUUGCCAUUGUAAAUGUAAAGGCAAAAAACAACAACAGUCCAGCCAGUCAGGAUCCCAAAUAGAAUGUCAAUAAUUCCGUUUUUUUUUUUUUUUUUUUUAAAGCAAUAUUUUAACUGUUUUCCAGUCUAGACCAGUUAAGACCAGUAUGGACCAGUUGUGGUUUCAAUCCAGUGUGGUAUGACGCAUGUCAUCGACUAGAGAUGCAUUCAACUCCGCUAACGAUUAUGAAGCUCCCAACUCUGAGCGCCCACCAACAAUCCAAUUCACCAAGAAUGUUUGACAACAGGAGCGAACUGUUCUAUUCUAUUGAAAACACUUGAUUGUGUACUCUUUCUUCCAACAAUGACCUUGUAAGGACGAAAGUUUUCUGCAAAUGUUUGCAGAGUUGAAUGCCAGUCUGGUUUGGUCCAGUCCAAUCUGUUUCUGGGCACAUUGAUACAGUAAAAUCCUGACCCAUACUGAUGAUAUCAUGCCUCAUGAUGGAUAUUCAUCAGGGGCCUGGAUUGGUUAGUCAGAACAGGACAUUUCUUCUCAGGAGACUGGAAAGGGCCAUUGUAAUUUAGGCUUUAUUUAGGGCAGAUUUUUUAGGCCAUACUGCCCCGGAUUAGAUUAUCCCGUGUGUGGUAUGUGUUUUUUUGUUAUUCUAGAGUGAUUUGAGGUAUGAUUCCUAUGAGAAACAGGUUUACAGUCAUGUUUCAUGUUUGACAUCAUUGUUUCAGAGAAGUUAGUAUUUUUCUUGAGUUUGGAUUUUAGCAACUCAAUUGCUCAGUAAGCAAAAGUAUGAUAAAUGGAACAAUGGAAGUAUUGUAUUUUUAUCAUUAUAUAUUUUCAAUUGUUGUUGUAUGUUAAGUGCCUUAUCUGUAAUGUAGGUGAUAGCCUACCCUCUCACCUUUCUACCUUCUUCAGUUCCUCUCAUCCUCAUUUCUCCUUCUUUCUUUUCCUUCUUAUUGUUCCAUAUGUCCCCCACUCCUUCUACUCAUCCAUCUCCUCCUCCUCCCUUAUUCUGAGAUCCUCCCCUCACAGCCUUUCACAUCCCCAUUCCAACCCUCGUUCAUUUGUACUAACCUUGACCAAUCUUCCUCUCUUCCCCCGUCGCUUUAGAAAAAGAACAGUCAUGUAAUUACAGUGUUAUUUUUGUGUUUGUAUUAUGAUGCUUAAGUAUUAUCAUUAAUAAUAAAAACAACGAUCAUGAAUCACUACGCCAAA